GCCUCCGGCCAAUCUCGCACCUGUCCUUUCACCUCAACGCUCUCAGGCUUGCUUCCGCUCGCAGCUUGUUACGCAUACAAAACCCACUUCUCGAAAGCAGAAAAACCGUCUCCAGAUUUCGCUACAUGUCGGCAUCAUCAUUGGAGGGUGCCCUUGACCCACCCGCGAAGAAACUCAAGCUGGAGGAAGAAGGCCGCAAGGUCAUAGGCACGCACAACGGAACUUUUCACUGCGAUGAGGCCCUUGCGGUGUUUCUACUCAAGCGGACAGAGGCCUACGGAAAUGCAGACCUGACCCGUACCCGGGACCCUGCUGUCUUGGACACCUGUUCCAUCGUUGUAGAUGUUGGCGGUGUCUACGACGAAGCGAAGCAGCGCUUCGACCACCAUCAGCGCGGAUUCGAGGAGGUCUUCGGGCAUGGCUUCACCACCAAGCUCUCAUCCGCUGGUUUGGUGUACAAGCACUUCGGAAAGGAGAUCAUCGCUAACAGGCUACGCUCCUCCCUGGAUGAUGCGAAGGUCGAGACGCUCUGGCUCAAGUUGUACAAGGAGUACAUAGAAGGUAUUGACGGGAUCGACAACGGCGUCUCGCAGUACCCUACCGACAUCAAGCCGAAGUACCGCGUCAGAACAGACGUUUCGAGCCGCGUUGGCUUCCUCAACCCAGCCUGGAACGAGCCCUUUGACUCGACGACUGUCGAUGCGAAAUUCCUGCAGGCAUCAUCGCUAGUCGGCGAGGAGUUCCUGUCGCGCCUCGACUAUUAUGGAAACGCCUGGCUUCCGGCUAGAAACCUCGUUGCAGAGGCACUCGGGCGGAGGCAGGAGGCGGAUCCCUCUGGCAAAAUUAUUCUUUUCGAGCAGUUCCUCCCGUGGAAGGAACACCUAUUCGAUCUAGAGGCCAAUCUUGCGAUAUCAGAGUCAUCGCAGCCGAUCUACGUGCUGUAUCCCGAUGAGACAGCCGGUAAUUGGCGAGUCCAAGCAGUCCCUGCUGCAUCCGACAGCUUCCAGAGCCGCAAGGCACUGCCGGAGGUGUGGAGGGGACUCCGAGACGAUAUCUUGUCAGAGAAGUCCGGCAUCCAAGGCUGCAUUUUCGUGCACGCUAGCGGAUUCAUUGGGGGGAAUAAGACGAAGGAGGGUGCUCUCGAGAUGGCGAAGCAGGCAUUGAGCAUGUAGGUGAGGUCCUGGACAUGUAAGAACAAAUCUACAAUAUGUUGUAUAGUACAACAUUGUGCAUAAUUUGCACGAUCAAAAUAAUGAUCAGUAACCGGGU